AAAAUAACCAAGUGCAGUUCCCGCGUGGUCGGAAGCUGUGCGCCAAACCUGCGGCCGUGUUGUUGUUUACAUCACGAUUCACUUAAUUCGUUAUAACGUUUUAAUGAACAAGUUUUUAAAAGCAAUUUUUAUCCCACCGUUGUCAUUUUAUAUUCCAAUCUCAUAUUCCAAAAUUUGAAAUUUUACUAACUCUUUGUCCGUCACCUGUAUUAAAAGUAUUAAUAAUCAAAUAAUACUAAACCAAAAGGGAUGACAAGUUUUUAAUUCCAUCCAUUUUCAACCUGUUAACUCACUGUGAUAUUUUGCUAGUUAUUAAAUGAAUGUUAAGUUUAAUGAACUUGUACCAACGUGAAUCUAUUAAAAGUAUUGAACUAUUAUUUUGUGGUCCACAAAAGAGUCAUUUUUCAUAGACUGAUAUUCAUCAAGUCAUCAUUGAUUUUUGAUAAUGCUACAUAGUGUAAAUCACAACACUAGGAUGGUUGAAGUUAGGCUGAUUAAAUUACGAAACAUAUUUGGCAUAAUUUUAAUUUUUGGAUCGACACCAACUCAACAAGUAAAACUUGACAUUAAAGAAUUUGGAUCAGCAAUGCUUGGUUCAGCAUGUUCAGCUAUUGGAUGGGAAUGCUGUCGAUCUCCAUUUCUCAUUCCACCAGAUGUAGCAAUUAAAAAUCUGGAAACCACUCUUAAUAAUGAGUUCUUUGGACAACAUUUGGCCGCAGACACUGUUUUAAACGCCUUGCGUUCUCAUUUGCAUCACGAGAACUCUAACAAAGCUCUAGUCCUUAGUUUUCAUGGUUGGGCUGGCUCUGGGAAGACGUAUCUCGCAGAACUGAUUAUGAAAUCUUUAUACAAAGAAGGUUCCGAGAGCAAAUUCGUCAAAUUCUACAUGGCUAGCUAUCAUUUUCCAGACCCAAAUGCUUCCAAAGUGUUGGAGUAUCAGGAAACUCUCAGGGACGACAUAUUGAGGACGGUGGGUCGUUGCGAAAGAGCUCUGUUUGUCUUUGACGAAGUAGAUAAAACGCCACCAAAGGUUUUUGACGCUCUCGUACCAUUCAUUCAACAUCCAGGAAAAAAGUUUGAGGGAUUAAACUUUAAGCGCUCCAUAUUUAUUUUCCUGAGCAAUAUCGGAGCUAGUGAUAUUACCAAAAUUACAUAUACAAACUGGAAAGAUGGACAAAGGCGAGAAAAUUUAAGGUUUACCGAUUUUGAAGGUAGCCUUCAGCGUGAAGCGUUCAAUAAUAAGGAUACUGGUCUGACAAAAAGCAGAGUAAUCGAUAAGGUCCUUGUCGAUUUCUACAUUCCCUUUUUACCUAUGGAACGAGAGCAUGUAAUAUCUUGUACCAAGGCGGAAAUUGCGAAAGUUAAAACAGAUCUCGAUCCAGAGAAAAUUGCCGACAGUCUGGCAUACUGGCCACCUCUGGAGAAAUUAUAUUCUCAAACGGGAUGCAAAAAAGUGGAAAAUCUUGUUAAAUUUUAUGACGCCCAAGAAAAGUAUGGGAAAGCCUUCAAUUACGACGAAACUAACGAAAAUGAACACGACGAGCUAUGAAUAUAAAUACUACUAUAUCCACGCACCGCAAACUGUUAGCCGUUUCGUUGUCGACAAACACCAUUUUAAAAUAGUGUGCUACGAAAUAACCAAAUCAAUUCUACGCUUCAUGUAUUCUGUAUAUGUAUUUUGUCUGUAUUUGUGAAUUGAAAAAUCUUUAUUUAACGAUUUUAUUGAUAUUUGUGAAAGAUUGUCGUAAUGAAUACACAAUUAGUUCAGACUAAAAACAA